UGCCUUUCUCUUCCUCGCUCGCUCGUUCGUUCCUCCGGCGCUCGCCUGGGCUUAAGUUGCCAGCGGCCGCGGCAGCCGAUUGCACCGCGCUCCACCCCGGCUCCUCUGCUGAGUUGGCGCCGCUGCAGACCACGGGCUGCCCGAGCUGCAGGCGCCGGACUCUUCCUUUUGCAGAGCAGCGGUCGACACAACGAUCUCUUCCCCCCCCCCUCCGGCUCUCCUCCCGCCGCCUUCGCCUCGCUUGGAUUGCAACCCAGCCGCCGCUCGCCGGCCCCCCCCGCGGCCACCCUCCGCUUCCACCCGAGCCGCGGAGGAUGGCUGGUGGCGAAGGAGAUGGCAUCCCUGAUGUAUAGAGAGAUUAAUGCUACCAUCCAAAGCAUCUCACUGGUCCAAUUGGAUAGAGAACCUUGGAGCCCUGUAGCACCUCUUCAUUGCUGUACUGCAUAACUGAAAGCAAAUGGGAUUGUAGAUCUCGAUCUUCUGGAUGCGUUGCUAUCUUGGUUGCAGGACAGAAAGGAGACGACUGAGCUGCCACCUUGACAAUCUGCUGCUAUAAUUUAAAAUCCGAGGGGAUCAUUUGAAAGCAUGGAAGAGGCAGAAGAAAAACACAGUACUUUGGAGGUAACUCCUGAUGUUCGCCAUGAGAGCCUCAGUUGCAAGACCUUUCCAUAUCUGCUGAUAAAAAUGAUCAACAAGUCUCGAUGGAAGAUAGUUGGAGUACUGGCUGUAUUUUUGCUGAUGGUGUGGUAUACAAUAUCCCGGGAAGAAAGUUUUGAUUUCCACUUCCAAGAUGAAAAGAUGACUUGUCCUUUCAAAGAAGUGGAAAAGAAAGCUGCGCAAUUGAUACCAAAUUACACACGGGAACCUCCACUGUUUUUACACCUAAAGGAUUAUUUCUGGGUGAAGACCCCCUCGCUUUAUGAGCUGCCUUAUGGCACGAAAGGAACAGAGGAUGUUCUCCUACGACUCCUAGCAAUCACAAGUUACUCUCUCCCCGAAAACUUUCAAAGAUUGAAGUGCCGGCGGUGUGCGGUCGUUGGGAACGGUUACCGGUUGAGAAACAGCUCCAUCGGAGAAGUCAUCAACAAAUACGAUAUUGUGAUCAGGCUGAACAAUGCGCCAGUCCAUGGUUACGAGCGUGAUGUGGGCACCAAAACCACCAUGCGUCUUUUCUACCCCGAGUCAGCACACUUCAAUCCUCAGACGGACAACAACCCGAACACGUUGCUGGUGUUAGUGGCAUUCAAACCCAUGGAUUUUAUGUGGAUGGAGACAAUUCUCCAUGACAAGAAGAGAAUUCGGAAGGGUUUCUGGAAACAGCCUCCCAUAAUUUGGAAUGCAAAUCCUAAGCAAGUACGAAUUCUGAACCCAUAUUUCAUGGAGGUUGCAGCUGCUAAAGUGCUUAAGCUUCCAAUGAAACACUUGUGGAAGCUUAAAGAGAAACCAACGACAGGGUUAGUGGCUAUCACUCUUGCCUUGCACUUUUGCGAUGUGGUGGAUAUCGCUGGCUUUGGAUACCCCAGCUCAGACGACAAGAAGCAGAGUAUUCACUACUACGAGCAUAUUACGGUGAAAUCUAUGGCUUCUUCAGGGCACAAUGUCUCCCACGAGGCAUUAGCAAUAAAACAGAUGCUUGAAUUGGGACUCGUCAAGAACCUCACCUACUUCUGAUAUAAGAUGGGACAGCCUUUUAUGUUCACCUCGAGCUGGGCUUCGUGCCAGCAGGACAAAGCCCUUUUGUGGCCGGCCCUUUCUAACAUAUUGCCGUCCCUUCCAUUCCAACGCUGACUGGUGCAGAGGCCUUGCAGUUCCCUGCAAAUGGGGAUCAGGCUGGAUGGAAGCGUAUGGCUUCUAAACGUGUUGGCAGCUAGGGGUAGAAGCAGUCCUGUAGAGAACCUGGGUGUGACACCAUCAAUUGGAAGCAGGUGUCUUUCUUCCUUAUGGGGCACUGCCCUCUACAGAAUCUUCUCCGCUUGGGCGGUUGCAGAAUUUCCUUUGGCAUCCAACCGAGAGAUUCCUGCGUUCACCAGAGGCACCUUCGGAAGGUCAAAGCUAGAUUGCUGUUGAUGGGCCUCAAAGAAGAUAACCAACACGGUUUCCCACGGUGAUAAAAGUAAUCGUCCCAUAAAGUGGUUUCAUUAAUCAUUUCUCCCCGUCCUCUGCAAACCGGUAGAUGGGUGGUUGUUUGUUAUUUUAUUUAUCGUAUUGGAUGUUACCCAAUGGGCAAGAGGCAACUGAAUGAAGGAUUGUUAGCUGUCUGCCACCCUGUUUCCCCGUUUAGAUGAAGACGAGACGUAGUACGUUGGUUCAAGUCCCUGGUCAAUUCAUUUGUUAAAGAUGCCCAGGAAAACACGAUUAAGGAACGGUAGAGGAGAUAGUGAAGUUUAUUCCUUUCCCAUCUGAUUGGUUGGUUUUAGAGACUACGACGGAAAGGAGAAUACCCAACAGUAUUUGCUGGUAGUUUUUAUACCUAAAACAGUAGAGUUGAAUGGAUGUUUAUUUUUUAUUUUUUAAUUUUUUUUUCUGGGCAAAAGAGGUGGAAAAGAAAUCCUUCUGUGAAGGACACCCUUAUGCCCGAGUAGCGCAUUUCUGAUCUUAAAUGUAUGGAGUAGAUUUCUUUCCUUCCCAUCAAGUGGGGUGGGGGGGGAUGACAACCAGAAUCGACCGACAAUGCAAAAAACAACAACAACCCAAGAGCUAUCCUGGCCAAAGUUAAGCAGGAAAGGAAGGGCAAGAAAGGUAAGAGAAGAAGAAUAGAUCCGUAUGUCCGUACGGAAACGGAAAUGGGCAGAAAUCCGAAGCUGCACAGCACUUUUUGCCUGUCUGUUCCAUGGUUAGGAAGGGGGACGGAGUUGUCGUACAGGACAAAGGUGAAUCUCAGGGGCCUAAAAGGGUCGUUUUGAAGUACGUUUGCCUUUUCAUAGAGGCAGGGGAGGACAAGGGGGGCGGGGCGGGAUGUCCAGACAUUUCAGAUGUACCAGUCUGGUUAGGAUUUGGGUGUAUUCUCUUCUUCCCCUUUAAUCUCCAACGUGGUGGGGUCAAAGUGUAUUAUUUAAAGCUGAUAUAUUAAGUGCACUUGUCCGAUUGAACAUUGGAAACCUGGCAGUCUUCUGUUUCUCCCUCGAGAGGGAACCGACCACGUCAAGGUGCAAGACCACGAGAUCAACUCGCCCUAUACCACCUCCGUGUAUUUGUGCAGCCAAACGUGCCUUAGCCAUCUUCGCAAGUGCCCGGCUUUUUUUGAGGGGGGCCCCGCUGGCGAUGCAAACUCCAGCGGCUGAGGCCCAUCGGAUCCAUUGCCAAGAAGAUGGAUUGCUCCGAAGGACUGCCCGUGGACUUGACAGCUGAGAUAGAUUUCCAGAUUCUUCCUUGGAAAUCCGGGAGGAAGGAGGGAUUGCUUAUUAAAUGGCGAUUCUGGGGAGGGGGAGGGGUUGAAUCCCACAAAGGAGUGUUGGAAGUGUCUUUCCUGGCCAAGUGAUACAGCAGUGUUAAGUAAUUUAAUAAAUUUAAUUUAAAACAGC